AUGAAGCUCCUGUACCCAACCUCCGUCCCGCUCGACGUCCAGAGCCUGCAAGGCUUCUCCGUCUCGCUGCACCCAUAUGAUGUCAAGGCACCGAUUCCCGAAGAGCACGUCGACGCCGACAUCCUCGUCACCUGGUCCAACGCCGCCUCCAACCUGAAAGACGCCGCACAGCGCCUGAAGAACCUGAAAUGGAUCCAAUCGCUCGCCGCCGGCCCCAAUGACGUCCUGGGCGCCGGCUUCGACGCCUCCAAGAUCACUGUUACCACCGGCGUGGGUCUGCACGACCACCCGGUUGCCGAGCACGCCCUGGGCCUCCUCCUCUGCGGCGCCCGUCGCUUCUUCGAGAUGCGCGACUACCAGCUCCAGUCCAAGUGGCCGGGGCACCUCGGCGGCUCGUUCCCGCGGAGCGACUUCACCACCCUGCGCAAUUCGCGCGUGCUCAUCUGGGGCUUCGGUAGUAUUGCGAAGACGCUGGCUCCGCACCUGACUCUUCUCGGCGCCCAGGUUAAGGGAAUUGCGCGGAGUGCGGGAGUGCGGAAUGGAGUUGAGGUCUUUGGAGAGGAUAAGCUGAAUGAGCUCCUGCCGGAGACUGAUGCGUUGGUGAUGAUUCUUCCCGGCUCCGCUUCCACCCAGAACGCGCUGAAUGCCGAACGGCUUAAGCUGCUCCCCAAGCACUCGUGGGUUGUGAAUGUCGGUCGCGGAAUCUCAGUGGAUGAGGAUGCGUUGGUGAACUCUUUGGAGAAGGGCGAGAUUGCCGGUGCGGCGUUGGAUGUCUUCCACACUGAGCCUCUGCCAGAAAACAGCCGGUUGUGGAAGGCGCCCAAUGUGGUGAUCUCGCCUCACGCUGCGGGUGGACGGCCGGAGGGCUCGACCGAGUUGAUCGCGGAUAACUUGCGGCGAUUCCUGGCUCAGCAGCCGCUGAAGAACAAGAUCUAA